GGCCCCGGGGCCCUGCGGAGGAGCGGGCGGGACAUGGCGGCGGGCGUGGGGAUGCGCGGCCUCGGCCGGCAAUCUGGUGCUCUGAAGAGGAAGCUCCAGUCACCGCAUGGAAACCCCCCCGUGAAACGCAAACGUAAAUUAUCCAUCAACACCUUCAGGAAGGGUCCCACCGAGGCUGACAGGAGGGAGGAGGGAAGCUCAGCACAAAAACCUGCUCCUAAGAAGCAGCUGAAUGACAAACAAAAUGAAAGCCAGAAGAGCAGACCUUUCAUUAAGACGUCCAGCCUGUUUAAAAACAACCCAGACAUCCCAGAAAUUCACAGAAAAGAAGUGCAGCAAGUGCAAGAAAAUGUUUUCACUACAGAUUCCUUCAGCCAGCUGGAUCUCCACCCACAUCUGAUCUCCACAAUAAACAACGUCCUAAAUAUAUGCAGCAUGACCAGUGUUCAGAAGCAAACAAUUCCUGUGCUCCUGCAAGGCAGAGAUGCCCUGGUGAGAUCUCAGACUGGUUCAGGUAAAACUCUUGCCUAUGGAAUUCCACUUGUGCAGUGUUUGCAAGGAAUGGAAUCCAAAAUACAGCGCAGCGAUGGCCCCUACGCGCUCGUGCUCGUCCCCACCAGGGAGCUUGCACUCCAAAGUUUUGAUACAAUCCAGAAACUACUUAAGCCAUUUACCUGGAUUGUGCCUGGAGUGCUAAUGGGGGGAGAAAAGAGAAAAUCAGAAAAAGCCAGAUUACGGAAAGGGAUCAAUAUCCUCAUUUCCACUCCUGGCCGCCUGGUUGAUCACAUCAAGUCCACGGAAUGCAUUCAUUUCCGUCGCACUCAGUGGCUGAUCAUUGACGAAGCAGACAGGAUCCUGGACCUGGGCUUUGAGAAGGAUGUGGCUGUGAUUCUCAAUGCUUUAAAUGCUGAGAGAGAGACACGUCAGAACGUGCUGCUCUCAGCCACCCUCAGCGAAGGAGUGACACGCCUGGCCGAUAUCAGCUUGAACGACCCCGUCAGCAUUUCCAUAGCAGAUGAAAUCCAGAAGCUGCCUGCACCAGUAUCACAAACAGAUAGGGAAGCUAGCAAUUCAUCCAACUGCAUGGGGCAGGAAAACUUUGCUGUUCCAGAGACACUCCAGCAGUAUGUCAUGGUGGUCCCCAGCAAACUGAGGCUUGUCACGUUAGCAGCUUUUAUCCUGCAGAAAUGCAAGUUUGAAAAGCGCCACAAGAUGAUCAUCUUUUUCUCCAGCUGUGAACAAGUGGAAUUCUACCAUGAGCUCCUUGUAAAGGUCCUUUCAGGAGGGUCAGAGUCAGAACAACCUGGACAUUCACCCCUCUCCUCUGUGAGCUUACGGUUUCUACGUCUGCAUGGUGACAUGGAACAGGAAGAAAGGACAGAGGUCUUCCAGGAGUUCCUAAAAUCCAAGACUGGCAUCUUGCUUUGCACUGAUGUAGCAGCACGAGGACUGGACCUGCCUCAAGUGACCUGGAUCGUACAGAAUACAUCCACCGCAUCGGGAGGACGGCGCGCAUCGGCUGCCGCGGCAGCAGCCUGCUCGUGCUGGCGCCUUCGGAGGCAGGAUAUGUCAGCUUGCUGGCUUCUCACAAGAUUAACACUUCAGUCUUUCCUUUGUGCCUACACCACCUAUCCCAAGGAACUCAAGCACAUCUUCCACAUCAAAUCUCUCCACCUGGGUCAUGUGGCCAAGAGCUUUGGGCUGAGAGAUGCCCCCCAGAACCUGACUGCUCUUCCAGCUGCAGGCUCCAAGAGGAAAACCAAACCAACACCAAAAAGGUCUGACCUGCUGAAGAAGACCCACGGCAAACGCCGCCUUGCCGAGAUCCUGCGCUCUGAAUAUUCCAGUGGGAUGGACACUGCUGGAGCCAAGGUCAAGAAGAAGAAGAAGAGAAAGCAGAGAAAAGCUGGCAACCAGCAGAUUCCAACAUAAGCCAGGCCCUUCCAGUCGUUGGCUGUAAAAGCUGCUCGAGUGCCUCAGCUGGGGGUCAGGGUGACCUGCCAAAUCAACUGAGGAGUGUUUCAAUUUAUCAGGCAAAUGUGGGAGGGAUCCUGGGGAUCUUGGCCUCCUCCCCUUCAUUCCAUAGGUCCAAGUGGAAUGGAAUUUAGGCGUGUCCUGUUGUUGCUGCAAUUGAAUGUGGCCUCCUGGAGAUGCACCGUGUUCCUAAGGUGGUUUUUUAGCAAGAAAAAUUAAAAAAUGGUUAAAUAUGA